GCCAUCAUUACUUUUAAACUAGUACAUUUUUAACGUUUACUAAACUGCCUUGAGUAGGUAUUUCCUAAGUUAGUAAAACUGUGUGGUAGCGCUUUUAUUGUGAAAUGAAAUCGGAAGUAUUGCUGUAUCAGCUAGUGCAGCUAGCAAUGGAGCGGUCUGGAGAAGCAGCGUGGAGGCCGCCCCGGGCCUGUGAUGACUAUUGGAGUGAAUUCAGACAUUGCAAAAGCUUGAGGAAUUGUUUUCACCACUAUUACACUUAUGGUACCUCCCCAUCGUGCAAGCAGUGGAAAGAGGAUUACCAUAACUGCAAAGAAUGGGAGAAACACAGAGGUGCAGAGGCCAAGGACGCCCUGCAAAAAAGUGAGAGGAACAGAGUGGCAGAGCAGAGAAACUUCACCCCAGUAUGGGAACUAAGGCGAGACCCUCCCAGAGACUGGCACAUGCCCUUGAAUCCGGAAAAGCCUCAGGACUCCUGAACUGUGACUAUCAAUCGGCUGUCUGUUCCGUGGUGGCCAAAGUCAAAUGAAGAUUUGAGACUUUAACGAAAUCCUAGAGUGCCACUCGCUGGAGAGACGGGCCAUCAGUCAUUGUCAUCUCAAAUUGUAUUUAGUGAGCUUCUGUUUGAAAACAAUUAGUUAGUGGCAGCCUCUAGUGGUCAAUAAUGAGUAUGACAGCAUAUAUAUAACCAGAGAAUUACAGUUGGAUCUGCAAAGACAGUGUUUUUCCCACCAUAAAUUAUUGGUUCUCCAAAGCUUGUAUAAACAAAGACGCAAAAAUUGCACAGACAGACUCCCUGUAAAUGAGUUUUAAGAUUAAAUGCCUUGUUUUUUUUAUUUAGUGUAAGAAAAGGAAUAUUGGGUUAAAAUAUGCAAUGGAAACAUUUAAUGUAUUACAUCUUAGUAAUGAAUGACCAGUCAUGCAUUGUUUUGAUAAGGUUAAAAUUAAAGAAUUGCUACUGCACAAGAAUGUGCUCACACCUUCGACGACAUCAAACAGGAGUGUUUGACCCAGGACCGUAAAAACCUUAUUCUCUUUAACCUGUUCUGUGGAUACUUCUCUGUGAUGAAUAUAUUCAAUGUAUUAUUGAUGCAAUAAGGACAAAUAUUGGCUUUAUAGUUUCAGCCCAUACAGAGUUGUGCAUUAGCAGUUCCCUGCUUUAUGUAAUUGAUUAUGGCUUAACCUUAACACAAAAAGGUUUAACUUAUUCUGAACAAAUUGGAUCAAUUUAAAAAAAGUACCUUUUUAUUUUCAGCUUUCUUCCGUUUUAUACAGAGAUGUUAAUGUUGGAGAAAAAAAAAAUCAAUUCAUAAUUUCCAUGAAUGUUUUUGCAUUUGAUACAGAGAAACAACUGAGGGGACUAUACAAUUCAAGAAA